GUACAACAGCUGAAAAUCUGCAGAAUUUAAUUUACACAAUAACAUCCGAAAUUAAUAACUGCUUGCUUUGUGGUUAUGUCCAGAGCAGGACACAGUCAUCAGUUUAGGGGAAGUCAGUUGGCGUAUGAAAGAAAAUUAUGUAAUAUUUCAUAAUGAGCAGUAGCCCAGUUUGGUUUGUUUUGGAGCAACGUGGGGGGAUGGUGAACUCUGGAUGACCUAAAAAAUAAAUUUUAAUAUUUCAGAAACCAAAGCUGCAUAAACGAACAUUUUAACGGCACAAACGGAGCACAAACGGAGCACUAACCACUCAGACUCUUUGCUGAAUGUUUUGACGUGUCGCUUCACUCAGCUUAUUUCAGUCCGUCCAGAGUUUAGAGCGAUGCGCGCUCCCGCCACAGGGGGCGCAGCCUCACACUGCAGCCUCUCUUCUGGUUUCAUUGCUCAGAUUGCUUCAGACGUGCACCUCCUUUAAGGAUGAACGUCUCGUGUUUCCGCUCGUCUCAACCCGCUGCGGUCAACGCCAGCCUGCUGUUUGACUUCCACACCGACCUGACCAACCUGUGGGAGAGGCCGGACGGACAGGCGUCCCUCCCGGCCUGCGGCGGCGCGGCAUGGCGCGGCGCUGACUCGGCCUGUCUGGUCUGCAGGGACCGGGACGUGUUCGCGGUCUGCCGCUCCUUGCGCGACGGAGCCGCGGUGAUGAUGGAGGCGAUGGGCCGCAGCGUGGAGAUCUCAGCGGCUGAUUGCCCGUCGCUCCACUCUGACGCUGAUUCACCACAACAUAACCAGCUGGCCCCUUUCAUCGCUGCCAUCCUCCUCCUCCUCCUCUUCAUCAUCAUCUUCAUCCUGCUCUGCUGUUUCAGGAAGAAAAUUUGCCACAGACAAAAUAACAGCAGGGAGGAAAACGGGACUGGAGCCGGAACCGGGACUGGAGCCGGAAACGGGACUGGAGCCGGAACCGGGACUGGAGCCAGAACCGGGACUGGAGCCGGAACCGGGACUGGAGCUGGAACCGGGACUGGAGCCGGAACCGGGACUGGAGCCGGAAACGGAUCAGCUUUGCUCCAUGCUGAAGCAGAAAGUCUCGUGUGAAGAUGGGCAGUAGAAAAAAAAGCUCUCAGUUAUUUUAAUGUUGAAUUUUAAAUGGUUAAAUUAGCAAUUUUGUAGGAAAAAUGUUAAAUUUUUAACGAUCAAAAUAAGCUUCUGGUUUUUAUCUUUAAAAAUUGAACAUUUUUGAUCAAGAAAUUCAUGGAUCCAAUUACAGUGUUUACACUGGAAUUCAAAACAU